AGGCAGGUUCUGCAGUUAGGAGGUAGUAGCUGCUGCAGUGUUAACCGCUGCGCCACCUGCAGGCCAACAGUGUUACAGCUGCAGUUGUGGAGCAGUCUGACGUGGUGGGACAAACAAAACAAGGGAGUUAAUGCUGAGUGGGACAGACCGGACCCUGGUGGCCCCUCAGGGCGUGGCCGCGUGAACGCGCGUGAGAGGAGGAGGAGGAGAUGAAGCCGGCCACGCGCUCCCGUUUAACAGACGCACACCGGCAUCAGCGAGCACCGACAAACCCCAGACCACCACCGGAGAGAAGACGACCGACAGAAAGAAGGAAGAUGAGAGAAAUAGUUCACAUCCAGGCCGGACAGUGCGGGAACCAGAUCGGGACCAAGUUUUGGGAAGUGAUCAGUGACGAGCACGGCAUCGACCCUGCAGGGAGCUACGUGGGUGACUCGUCUCUGCAGCUGGACAGGGUCAACGUCUACUACAAUGAGGCGUCCUCACAUAAAUACGUCCCCCGGGCGGUGUUGGUUGACUUGGAACCAGGAACCAUGGACAGCGUGCGCUCAGGAGCCUUCGGACAACUCUUCAGACCGGACAACUUCAUCUUUGGUCAGACAGGUGCGGGGAACAACUGGGCCAAAGGUCACUACACGGAGGGGGCGGAGCUCGUGGACUCAGUCCUGGACAUAGUGAGGAAGGAGUGUGAGCACUGCGACUGUCUCCAGGGUUUCCAGCUGACUCACUCUCUUGGAGGGGGCACCGGCUCGGGCAUGGGCACCCUGCUGAUCAGCAAGAUCCGGGAGGAGUACCCCGAUCGGAUCAUGAACACCUUCAGUGUCAUGCCCUCCCUAAGGUAUCAGGGGGGAAGACCAGAGCGGGUGUCAGACACCGUGGUGGAGCCCUACAACGCCACCCUGUCCGUCCACCAGCUGGUUGAAAACACAGACGAGACCUACUGCAUCGACAAUGAGGCCCUUUACGACAUCUGUUUCCGCACUCUUAAACUCACGACGCCCACCUACGGAGACCUCAACCACCUGGUGUCGGCCACCAUGAGCGGCGUCACGACCUCGCUCCGCUUCCCCGGGCAGCUCAACGCAGAUCUUCGCAAGCUGGCCGUCAACAUGGUGCCUUUCCCCAGACUCCACUUCUUCAUGCCGGGAUUCGCUCCUCUGACGGCACGGGGGAGCCAGCAAUACCGAGCGCUCACCGUUCCCGAGCUCACACAGCAAAUGUUCGAUGCCAGAAACAUGAUGGCGGCCUGUGAUCCUCGCCACGGACGAUACCUGACUGUCGCCACAGUCUUCCGUGGGCCCAUGUCCAUGAAAGAGGUGGACGAGCAGAUGCUGAACGUCCAGAACAAGAACAGCAGCUACUUCGUGGAGUGGAUCCCCAACAACGUCAAGGUCGCUGUCUGCGACAUCGCUCCCCGGGGGCUCAAGAUGGCCGCCACCUUCAUCGGCAACAGCACGGCAAUCCAGGAGCUGUUCAAGCGGAUCUCUGAGCAGUUCUCGGCCAUGUUCCGCCGAAAGGCUUUCCUGCACUGGUUCACGGGCGAGGGCAUGGACGAGAUGGAGUUCACAGAGGCGGAGAGCAACAUGAACGACCUGGUGUCCGAGUACCAGCAGUACCAGGAGGCCACCGCCAAUGACGGCGAUGAGAACUUUGAGGACGAGGAGGACGAGAUCGUUGAGUAAGGAGACCGAACGAGACCGGUAAAACUCUGAGAGAGGGUUAGGGUUAGGUCAUGACUGAUCAUGGGACGUCAGAGAAAUAACAGUCAAAUCAAAACUAGUCAGUUUGAAAUAUAUGAUAAUUGACUCUUUCAAUAAAUGAUAAAGUAAAAAUAUUUAACAUUUGCCACAGCUUCAAAGAUUUAGUUAUUAAAAUGAAUACUUUCUGGGUUUGGAGGCUGAUUCGAUAUCUCAAGAAAAGCUUUGAUCUCUGGUUCCUUGUAACGUGAAUAAGUUAUUUUAUUAUUUCACAGACUAGACAUCUAAUGGAAUAAUUGAAAAAUUCAUCAACAAAUUAGUUGUUCCGUUCAAAAACGCUACUGACUAAUUCUAAAUAAUGUGCUCAGCAUGUUCAAGCUUCUUUCUUCUGUUUGGCAAACUCAUACUUCAUAACUUCAACAAUAUACAAUAAUAUCAAACUUUUGAGUUACUUUUAUUUGAGGAGGGGUUUCUGAAAUGAGGGAAUCUAAUUUUGAGACUGAACUCAGUGUCCGACUGUCGACACUGGGAUUUUUCGCAACUUUGUGCCUAAACGUAACCAAACUUUAACCAUCGAGGCGUCAGAUCAGAAAAUGCUCAUAUGUCAUUUUGCACGGCAGUGACAAAUGACCCGUUUUGUUGUUUGUUUGUUUGAUGAGCACCUGUUGAUCACAUCAGUUCUAGGAACGCAAAGAAUACAUACAAUGUGUUAACCAAUACACUAAAUGUUUGGUAACAGUUGGUAGAAUAAUAAUAGCUAAUAUUUUCAUUUAAUGCAGUGAAUAUGUGCAGUAGGUGUCAGAAAUGCACUGACGUACACAGGAUGCUAAACCGUUAAAGUGGAAAGCUGAAGGCAUAUUUGACCAUGAUUAUGUCUUUUCUACAAAAACAGACGUGCUUUUCUUAAAUAACUAAAUCCCGAUCAACCCUGUUUGUUAUGCAUUGUGUUUGCGUGUGUUUGUUGUUUUCAAACUGUGAUUUCUGUACAUGUGAGCACAUCGCGAGUGGCUGAAGAGAGGUUGAAAUAAAAGCUUCUUUCAAGGCCUUACAGUG